AAACCUAGAAUUGACCUUACCCAAGAUGAGGCGAAUGCCAUUCAGGCCCAGAUACAGAAGGCGAUUUUCGCGGCCUGUAUCGAGCCUCUGGCACCAGGCCAAACCCGAUACGCCCCGGCGUUUGAGGGUAAGGCCUUCCUCAGCGAGGGUGUACUAAAAAUGUGGUGCCACGAUGACCAAGCCUGUAACUGGCUCAUAAACGUGGUGCCAAAACUAACAUCACCCAGGAGCGGAACAGGGCUCACUGUGAUAAAACAGACCGAAAUCCCAGUCAGGGUUAGGUCGGGACUUUAUGUCCCUGACUACGACGGGGAGAUAGGCCAGCUACACCAGGUCCUAUCUCACCAAAACCCAUGGUACGGAGUGUCACAGUGGACCCUGUUCAGCUACCGUAGAACAACCAGCAGCCCUCCUGGGGUGUUCCUAAUAUUAGGAAUCCCCAAUGUAGAGCUGCCAACGAUUCUGGCGCGCGGCAGGAAGGUCGCCUAUUCCACGGGCUCCAUCUACAUCAGGUUCUUCACGAGUGAAGGACUGAGUGAUGUACCGCCCGGGCAUGACUCAGCGCCUGAAACUCGAGAGGAGCCUGAUGCGGAUCGGGACAUGGAUGUGGAUGGACCAACCGGCCAGCUCCCAGUGACACCUGAGCCUUCCGUGAGUGCUGUCCUAGACAAUAUCGAGGAAGUGCUGGCGGACUCCCGGAUCAAUACGAAAUCACGGGAGAGGAAGGCGACACACAACGCUCCAGACGCAACAGCCCCCGCCGAACAACCACCGGCGCAGAGGGCGACAAAAUAAAAAUCAUCCAGACCAACCUCCAGCACAAACAUCUCGCCACGGCCACGCUACGAAGGCAGCUGGAGGUUGAAACCGAGACCAUCGCACUGAUCCAGGAGCCGUGGGUCAGGGGUAAAACCAUAUGCGGUUUCGGAAGCUGCAAUGGUAAGAUCUUUUCACAUUGCAAUGACGAAGCACCAAGAACAUGCAUUUACAUUCCGCGCUGCAUUACAGCGUCACUACUAACACAAUACUGUUCCAGAGAUCUGACAGCAGUAAAAAUAAAAAAUGGAAUACAACAGGGCGUGGGACUACCACCAAGACCAGUGGUCCUAGUCUCACUCUACAUGCCCAUAGAAGACCGAAUACCAACAAAAGAACUGGUGGACCUCACAACACAUUGUGAGGACAACGACAUAGAUCUAAUUAUCUCUGUCGAUAGCAACGCACAUCACAACCUGUGGGGAUGCACAGCCAACAACAAAAGAGGUGAGAAUCUCAUGGACUUUCUACUAACAACCAACCUAACAAUUACUAACAAGGGCACUGAACCGACUUUCGUGUCGAGUAGGUACCAAACCAUAAUCGAUCUAACCUUAGCGUCAACCAGAGCUGCAGACCAAGUAACGAACUGGCAUGUCAGCGACGAGCCUUCGCUCUCCGACCACAGGCGGAUAUGCUAUGAGCUAGAUCUGAUGAUAACCCAACACGCACCAAAGAGAAAUCCAAGGAAAACUAACAGACUAAAAUACAAAACCUUGCUAACGCAUCAGAUAGGUACAAACAAACCUAACGACAUCGACGAUAUCGACAACAUCGAACAAAACGUAAACAAACUAACGGAGUGCAUUAAGACAAGUUAUGAACAAG